GUUUAUUUUUGUUGAUGUCAUUCAUGUGAGACAGGUUUGAGGAUUGUAGCCUCACAGCACAUGGAAGGCGGUAUAUCAUCUCUCCGUGAACCUUUUGCAACAUGAAUUGACUGCAUCCGCCUCAGUGAACUGAUGCUGUAGGUGUGUAGGGCCAAGUGCUCGCCAUGUGUUCAGCGAGGGCGUGGAAUGUUGGGGCGGAGGCUGAGAUGGGAGCAAGCCCUUGCGUCAGUGGCAGAUUGUCAGAAGAAUGCCUUGCAAGGAGCGCUGUUGACCUACACUCGUGCCAUCAGUGCUUUUGACAAAAGCCAUCGUUGGCAACACGCGCUUGCCUGCCUGGAAGACCUUCGAGUGAGAGUCGUUCGGGCAGACACAAUUCUUUACAACAGUGUCAUCAGUGCAUGUGGGAAGAGCGGCAACUGGCAAGUGGGCUUGAGCCUCUUGGAGGCUUUGCAGAAGGAAGCCUUGGAGGCCGAUGUGAUUUCUCACAAUGCCAUCAUCAGCUCCUGUGAGAGGUCCAAUCAAUGGACGGUGGCACUUGAGCUUUUUGAGCACCUGCACGAAGUGAAGCUCCAAGCCAGCCUCAUCAGCUAUAGCGCUGCAGUGAGCGCAUGUCAGAAAAGUGGGCAAUGGCAAGCAGCGCUCUCGCUUUUCUUCGACGCUUCGCGGGAUCAGCUGCAGCUGGACGUGGUCUUCUACAGCAGCGCCAUCUCCGCGUGCGCCGAUUCCACCGGCUCGGCCUGGCCCAUGGCACUGGCCAUCUUCCGGUCGGCGCGGCGGCAGAGUUUGGGAAACGUGGUACUCUUCAGUGCCGCGAUCAGUGCCUGCGAAAGCGGAAGCCAGUGGCGCUUGGCUUUGGAUGUGUUCGAGGAGCAACAGAGCUCAGGUGUGGAGGGCGACUUGAUCACCUACUGCGCGCUGAUGAGCUGCAGCGAGAAGGGGGGCCAGUGGCAGAUGUGCUUCAACGUGAUGGAUGAGAUUCGAGCUCAGGGCCUGCCAGAGAGCCUGGUGGCCUACAACGUUCUACUGACUGCAGCGGUGCGAAGUCACUUUUGGCCCAACUCCCUGGCAGUGUUGGAGGCGCUAUUGGACGUUCCAUGCCUUUCAGCCGAUGUGGUGACCUAUUCAGCGGCAAUCGCAGGAUGUGGGGCUGGGAGCCAGUGGCAGAAGGCCUUGAGAUUGCUUGAGCAGUCGUUGGCGACCCUGGCCCCCAAUGCGGUGGUAUACAGCGCGGCGAUCAGCUCAUGCGAAGAUGCCAGCCAGUGGCAGCAUGCCCUGCGUUUGUUGGACGACUACGAGCGAGAGCAGGACGCCAACAGUGCUGACCUGGUGAUGUACAAUGCCGCGAUCAGUGCUUGUGCAGAGUCUGCUCACUGGCUCCAUGCUUUAUCCUUGUUGACGCGCUAUGAAGACCACAGCGCAGCUGCACCAGUGAACGCUCGCACCGGCAACGCGGCCAUGCGCGCUUGCGGCCUGGCGCGGCGGUGGGAGCAGAGCUUAGCGCUGUGGGAGCAGAUGGAGAUGCGUGCAGAGACGGAUGUGAUCAUGCUAUCCAUGGCUGUCCAAGCGUGCGUUGUCGGAGUACGAUUUCCGGAGCUUUUGACCAAGCUUGGUCAGCUCAGCGGCCAAGCGUACUGGCACCUGUUGGAGCAACAGUCGAGUGGCAAGACGGGCUGAUUUGGAGGUUGGAUUGGCACAGUGCCAGAGGUUGGGCUCAGAUGCUGAGAUGGUGAAUGUGUCCAAUUCGUCAUCACUCAUGCCAUGCUUUUCGGUGUUCAGAGACGCGAGGAGUGAAAACACCAGGACAUGACCCGGAAAUGCAAAGUCAAAGCUGGAGAUGGGGUUGAAAGAUGUUGAAAGCGCAGCUAGCUCGAGCGGAUCUAGACUCUAGACUUGCAUCCACAACUAAUUACUCCAGUUCUACCCAGGUGAUGUUCUGCUGCAUGGGCACAAGGCCUCCAGAAAACGGGGCACAGUGGUUAUCGGCAUGUGCGGGUGUAACUUCAGCAAGCAAGUGCAUGUGUUGCAAAAAGGGAGGACCUGGAAGACUGUGCUCGGUCGCUGGCAGAGAGGGAGAUGUGCAGAUGUUGCAUGAACUGGGUCACUGGUCAGAGACGUUCCAGAGGGCUGGCACGUCUCAAGGCCGUGAGAAAUCAGUGCUUGUGGAACUUCGCUGCUGCAGCCAGACAAAAAGAUACAAAAAGGA